CACCUCAUAGACCACCUACAUGUACAUUACAUGUAAAGUGAAAUAGAAAUAAAGAGAGUUGUACCAGUGGAUUCAAAUCAAUAUGAUAACAUAUUAAAUUUGAUGAAGUUUAUAUAUUUUGCACUUUAAAAUAAUGCAAUUUUGACUAGAAGCAAAGAAAAACAAUUUUAAAGGAGUUUUGCGGUAGUCUUACAUCAUACAUGUACAUGUAGAUCCAUCAAUAAGACAUGAGUAACAAGUAUUUCUGGUUAUAUCGUGGUCACUCACUGGGUCACAAGCCUACAUGUACAUGUGUUUUGUUACGGAAGUCAUAAAAAUCAUCCGCUUCAGUGUGAAUGGAUACGUGUACAUGAAAUUUAUUCCGGGACCGUGCCGAGGUAUACAUUAUGCACUUUAUACUGUGAACGCAUUUAUAGCUGAUUUGCCAUCCCGCAACAGACCCAAGAUAAAUUUGAAAGCCACCAUGAAUGUGGUAUUUGUAUGUCGAAUUGUUGAUGUUCUUUUAACUACCGUUUUAAUGAAAAUUUUUGCUGAUCUUUCUUUAGAAACUCUGAGAAGAGGAAAGAGAAAUCGAGAAAUGCAGCUCGGUCGCGAAGAGGGAAAGAGACUGAAAUAUUUUACGAGUUGGCCCACACUCUACCUCUUCAACACAAUGCCUGUGCUCAGCUAGAUAAAGCAGGCAUCAUGAGGCUUAUACUGAGCUAUCUCAAGAUUGGAAAAGUGCUUCCCAAAGAAAUCAAGGUGGAGGAGAGAGAAGAAAGUAAAUCCAUGGCGAUAGAACAGAUUGUUGAUUCUCACUACCAGAAAGCUCUAGAUGGAUUUUUAUUAGUCUUAUCACAAGAAGGCGAUAUGAUCUAUAUUUCAGAAAAUGUCUCAAAACACAUCGGCAUCAAUCAGGUGGACCUAAUGGGCCAGAGCAUCUAUGACUACGCUCACCCAUGCGACCACGAUGAGAUCCGAGAACAGUUGUCUGACCGGCCAGGCCUGACGCUGACCACCCUCCCCUCAAUAACGUCCAAGCGUAAACAUCACAGUUUCCUUAUGAGGGUCAAGUGUACACUAACACCCAAGGGAAAGAUUGUCAACCUUAAAGCAGCCUCAUAUAAGGCGGUACAUUGUCAAGGUCACAUGAAACUGGCCCUAUCUGAUACAUCGGUACUGGGGUACAGGAUGCCCCCUUCCCCCUGCCUUGUACUCAUCGCUAGCCCCAUACCACACCCCUCCAACAUUGAGGUACCCCUGGACUGCAGUGCAUUUCUUACAAGGCACAGCAUGGACAUGAAGUUUACAUACUGUGAUGAAAGGAUUGAGCAACUGAUGGGCUACAUACCCACUGAACUGGUUGGCAAAUCAUUCUAUAUCUACUACCAUGCUCUGGAUGGUCAACUCAUUGAUAAGAGCUAUAAAGACCUGUAUGCUAAGGGUCAGACAUCAACCGGCAGAUACAGAUUCUUGGCAAAGAACGGGGGUUACAUGUGGCUCGAAACACAAGCUACUAUCAUCUAUAAUAACAAGACCAACAAACCACAGUGCAUUGUGUGUGUCAACUAUGCCAUCAGGUAAGUCUGUAUGAACUGUGUUUACUUUGGACCCAGUUACACUAUUAAAAUCCAUUGAUUGUAACUUUUCUAUCAAUGAUACCUUCCAAGAAGUCUUUGAUAUUUUGUAGACUGUCUUGUGUGGCCUUCAUGGUAGUUCCAAAGCAACUUUCAUGGUAAUUUUUGGUAUCUCCCCUGAAAUCCUUGAUUCUGAUUGGCUGUUGAGUAUUGUUACCAUCAUGGUAGUUACAACUGGAUGGCAAAGUUACCGUAAUAGUAACUUUUAUGCAGUGGGGCCCAGCAGAAGAAGGGCAAUUCCAUAAAAUAUGUUCGUCCGACCCCCUUUAUGUGGGACCUUCAUGAAAUUUUUGUCACCGAUGUCUGGUUCUUUUGACAGUCUGUAAUGCCCUCAAUGACCAUGACUUGGUCAGUUUAAGAAGUGAAGCAAGACUUGAGAAAAAUGAAGGUCGUGUGAUUGGAAGUGUUUGGCUAGUAUAGGAAUUCUGAAUAAAAUCAAAUACAUUUCACUGUUAAAUUUCUAUUAAAAAAAAAAUCAAUGUUCAUCCUAAACGGCUGGUUUUAUAUAUUUUUAAUCCACCAAUGGUAUUUUCUUGUGACCUUUGUGUGCACUGAACAAACGACUCAUGAUAUACUAUAUCAUUUAGUUUUUGGACUGGGAUCAAAAUAUCUUAUGAGAAAUAAACAUUUCCCAAAGAAGAUUUUUGUGGGCAACCUAAAUGUCUACUCUUCAUAAGUCAAGAAUUCCUGAAUUGGUCCUUAUACAAACAGUAAUUUUGAUACCGAACAAAGAGUCUUGAUUUCCUUUUAUGAAGGAGGGGGGUCAGUUUUCAGCGUAUUGGUUAACUCAAAUGAGAAAACAAUGUUACAGAUGUAUAACUUUUACAAGGAUGUUAACCAGCAUGUUACAUCAAACAUGUUAAUUCAUAAGGGCAGUUCAAGAAAUAAAUCAAACUAAGUCAAAUCCUAAAAUUUAUUCUUAAAAUUUAUAGAAAUUAAAGCAGAACAAUGGCAAAUCAAUCUUUUGCGUAUUCAUACUUGGAAAAUAGGCAUUGAGAUGAUUGAAAUAGAGUACAAAUUAAUUAACUUUUAUUUGAUCAAGUACUUGAUGGAAGUAUCUUAAAGGACAAGUCCACCCUAACAUAAAGUUAGGGUUAGUUAAGUUAAGUUUUUAAAAGUUGGUUAAGUUUUUUCACAAACAUGUGGCUCGAAACACAAGCUACUAUCAUCUAUAAUAACAAGACCAACAAACCACAGUGCAUUGUGUGUGUCAACUAUGCCAUCAGGUAAGUCUGUAUGAACUGUGUUUACUUUGGACCCAGUUACACUAUUAAAAUCCAUUGAUUGUAACUUUUCUAUCAAUGAUACCUUCCAAGAAGUCUUUGAUAUUUUGUAGACUGUCUUGUGUGGCCUUCAUGGUAGUUCCAAAGCAACUUUCAUGGUAAUUUUUGGUAUCUCCCCUGAAAUCCUUGAUUCUGAUUGGCUGUUGAGUAUUGUUACCAUCAUGGUAGUUACAACUGGAUGGCAAAGUUACCGUAAUAGUAACUUUUAUGCAGUGGGGCCCAGCAGAAGAAGGGCAAUUCCAUAAAAUAUGUUCGUCCGACCCCCUUUAUGUGGGACCUUCAUGAAAUUUUUGUCACCGAUGUCUGGUUCUUUUGACAGUCUGUAAUGCCCUCAAUGACCAUGACUUGGUCAGUUUAAGAAGUGAAGCAAGACUUGAGAAAAAUGAAGGUCGGACCUACAAAAAGGAUGAUGAUUUUAUGGAAUUGCAGAGAAGUUCUAGAGGAAGAGCCUAUGGAACUUGAGCAUUCUGAUGAAAAUUUCCCCAAGCUCCCUUUAGACCAAUUAGGUUGUGAAUUAUCCCUCGGAACACUAUAAUUUUACCUACUUCUCAGAUGUCAUAUGAAUAUUUCUUAUCUUAAAUGAUACAUAAAUCAAAUGCAGAUGAGCAUUGCUUUCAUGACUCCAUUUUAUAACCAUAUGUGCUAGAAUGAACUAGUUGAUAAUAAGUGUUCAGACUUUUUGCUGAGAAUGGAAAGAAAAUAAAUAAAGUCCACUUGAUAAAGUGUUUACUUGAAACAAAAUUUGGAUGCAUUUUAUUAUUAAUGUCAACACAUCAAUAUACUGUACUUAGCACUUGACUGUAAAGUCUGCUUUCAUACAGUAUUACUUGCUGUUGGGGCAGAUGGCAGUAUCAAAAUAAACCUUAAAUGAAGACCAACUUGACAUCUAUG